AUGGAGGCGAAAGACUUGCCGGCAUUCGUCUACGACCCCCUGCCCUCACCUUCGCACAUCAGGCUGCUCCAGCGAUGCGGAACAAGCACUGGAGGACAACUAGCCUUCUCCCUCGUGACACGACACGUCGACGCCCCGGCACCUGACUACCACUGCCUCUCCUACACCUGGGGCAACCCGUUCGCGCACGGGACGCACUUUGUCGAGCACUUCGACGCCGUCGCGGCCCAGUACGAGGCCCGCAACGCCGUUGACAUCGUCCUCGACGGCCGCGCUCUGCGGGUUCAGAAGAACCUCCAUGACGCGCUCGCCUCGGUGCCGCAGACGGCCUACCUUGACUACCUGAACCGGCCGCUUGUCGACGAGGCCGGGAAGACCUUCCUUCACACGUCUGCGGCCGAGGGGAGGGCUGGUGCCGUCGAUGGCUGGCUGUGGGACGGCGCCGAGGUCGACGGCCUCGAUGAGAGGGGUCGAGCGGCGUUGCACUACGCCGCCGACAAGGGUCAUUCCAACGUCGUCGAGAUGCUAUGUCGAGCAGGUGCUCGGCGAUGUCGGCGAGGCGACGACGGGAGGACCCCUAUGGACCUCGCCUUGGCCGGUGGUCACGGCGGCGUCGUCUCCAUCCUCGAGAGCCUCUCCCACCAACCGGAUCCCCUAGAGGCCUCAGAAGGCGCGCGGAAGCCGGAUCGAGCCGACAUGCUCAUCUGGGCCGACGCCAUCUGCAUCAACCAGGCCGACGUGGAGGAGAAGGGUGCGCAGGUGACGAUGAUGGACCGCAUCUACUCCAACGCCGCCUACGUCGUCGCCUGGCUCGGGCCACCUGACGGACAGUCGGAGACGGGUCUGAGGACGCUCGACACCUUGCGGGCGCACCUGCAAGAGUACACCGGCAGCCAGAUCGAGCCGUUUGGGGGCUUCGACAGGGACAGGUACGCCGAGGCCUCCGUCCCUUUCCUAUCGUGGCCCGAGUGGAGGGCGCUCGCGAGCAUCUACCAGCGGCAGUGGUUCCGACGCGCCUGGAUCGUGCAGGAGGCGGUGCUGCCCAAGAUCCUGCUCAUGUACCUAGGCCGACGUCACGUCUCGUGGUACCAUCUCGGCAUGGUCGCCGAUGCUCUCCGCCACAACGCCGCCAAGCUCGGGACCAGCCGGUCGACCGUCUUCGUGCCACCGACCGACGCGGCGGUGCCUGUCGAGUGGAACAUGACGGAGAUGUACAAGUAUCGCACAAAUAGGAACAUGGCGAUGGAAAAGGGCACCGACGCCGCGCCCGAGCACAAGGCUCUCUUCGCCAUGAAGGACCUCGUGUUGAACUUUUGGACCUUUCUCGCCUCCGAGCCCCGCGACAAGGUCUUCGCCCUCUACGGCCUCUUCAACGCCUUUGCGGACCGGAGGUUGACGGCCGACUACCGGCUGUCGCUGCGAGAGGUGUACACGGCGACGACGAGGCGCAUCAUUGCCGACUCGGGAAGCUUGAGCGCCCUGUCCGCAUGUGUCUAUCCCGAACAGAGGGGCAAGGCAACCAAGCUGCCGAGCUGGGUGCCCGACUUCAGCCUGCCGGCCGUCAACGCCAUCCCCGAAACGUUUUGCGCAGACGAGGGCCUGCCAUACGUAUCGCCUCCCGAAGCCGACGCCGCCGAUGGCCGCCUCGUCCUCAGAGUCCGUGGCUUGAAGAUCGGCACCAUCUCCCGCGUCGGGGGCCGGCCCAACACCGGCCCCUCGGGCAAGCUGCAGUUUGACCCGUCCUGGAUCGAAAUGGUGCUGUCACUGCGGAGCGAGGGCGCCGGCGGGGAAGGCUUGGUGCUGUCUGAGGUUCUUUGGCGAACGCUAUGCAUGGACAUGUCACCGGGGAGCCUGUUCGACGCGAGCACGUACGGGUCGCGGGCGCCCGAUGGUUUCGGGUCGCAGUUUCGCGUCUUCAUGCUGCUCAUGAUCCUCGCCGGUGCCGACAGGAUGGUGCUGGAGAAGAUGGGAGCCGCGGCGAGCGCGAGCGGCACCUUGUCCGUCAGCCACCUCCCGUACAACCCCAUGGCCGCCGACAUGGAGCCGACGCUCGCCGGCCUCGACGCGCUCGCGGCCCACGACGGGGACCGAACCUGGACGCCCCUGCGGCAGGAGGUCAUGCACUUUUGGGACAAGCUCGAGUGUACCUUGGUGCGGAACACGACGGUCGACGCCGACGGCGGACCGCACGACUUUUACGUUCCGAAGGAGGUGCGCGAGGGCACGGCGAGGAUGGUCGGUGGCGGGUACGUCGUCGCCGGCUCGCGCAUGUUCCGGCGAUGCCACGGCUUCGCGACUGCCUACAGCGCCGUGUACGGGGGACGCCAGCUCAUGACGGUCAACAACACGCACCUCGGCAUGGCGCCGUUGUCCGCCCAAACCGAGGACGAGGUUUGGAUCCUGCCAGGCCUCCGGGCACCGGCGGUCAUGAGACCAAUCAAGGAGGUCGUCGAGGCCGGCACAGAGCAAGAUACGGACGCGAAAGCAGGUGCGGGCGGUGCAACGCCUCGCCAUCACUUCGUAGGAGCAUGCUAUGUCCACGGGCUGAUGCAUGGUGAGGCGGCGGCGGGGAACCACGUCAUGCUGGAUACCGUCGAGCUGGUGUGA